GCACUUCUCAUUUUUGUUCUAUUAUCAUUCUUGCGUACUUACAUUGGCUCAAUCCUGCGCCGCCCGCUGCGCUAUCGUCGUACUCGUGCUUGUGGCUGCAGGCUGUCUUGUCGCCUUGCUUCUUCUAUUUUUUUUCUUUCUUUGCUAUUUGAUUUUCUAAUUUAAAUAAGCCCUUUGUGCGAUACGAGCAUGAUGCCGUCGUGGUGGCCCGAAACACGGCUGGAAUGGAUCUUUUCCGCAGCUGCAGCGACUCAAGGAGUCGUCAAUACCAUCAUUCAGAUGGUCAUUCUAGUCGUCUAUCUACAAUGGGUCAAUAAACCAAUAUACGAGGUCCCAUUAUCCUACGUUAUAUCCUUAAUUCUUUCCAUCAACACCCUUGGCUGUCUCUAUCAAUUGGUUCUGACACUAGACGCAUAUCGCAUUAAAAAUCACAUUCAGAUCUUUAUGCUAUGUGUCGCUAAUGUGUGCCUUUCAGUUGCGACCAUAUUGCAAUAUGGAGAGGUACACAAUGCGUCGGCGAGAGCCGCUGUUGGCGUCAAUGGAAUGAACCUUCCUUUCGUGAAGAGGGACUGGGAAUUCUGGAGGCGUGUGUCGCCCGGUUUGGUUGUCUGCGCUGUUGUUAGCUGUACUUGCAGCACUGUCAUGUGCUUCGUCGCUGUGAAGCUCUAUCGUGAAUUCGCGUGGGCUUUGUAUCAAGACGUCAGUCCAGACAUGACCAUACAAUGGAAGUACAUGUGCUACCAAAUCUACCUAGGUUUUCUCAAGUACACACCGUAUUUCGUCUUUGCCUUCAUAUUGAUCUACGGCUUGAUAAACGUGCACUAUAUUGAGCCAGAAUUCUCUUUGACCAUGGCUAUCAUCCCUGCCACACUUCUACAUUUGGCUCUGGCCGUGUACUUUGUUCGACAUGAAAUCCGCAUCUGCAUGAUCUUGGUCUUGCUCUUCCAUGUGGCUAAUAUUGCCUACGUUAUCAGCCGAUUGUUGGUCUUGUAUGGUCAUGGGCUACUAUCCAAGACGAUGAUGAAGGAUGAGAUGGUUUUCUAUCUUUGCAUAGCUGGCGCACUCUCUUUAUUUUCGCUAGUCGCUGGAAGUGUUUGCAUGUUUAACUUCAAGAAAGGGCUGAAGCAUAUUCUACUUGGGCAAAUAAAACGCCGACCUCAGGCGCAUGAGCUUGAAGAUGACUAUUACAUCCAACGGCUCAACUACAACAUUGUGCCGACGCCAGAUCGGGAUUCACAACGUUUCUUGGUAGAUUGAGGUAUGGGGGUUUUUUCUUUUGAAAAAAACAUUGGAGUGUCAACAAAAAGUAAACUCAAGCACAAACACUUUCAUCUGAACCGAUUUUGUUUUAGAGAAUGAAAGACUAUUUAUGCAUAUCACCAAGCAUCCAGAAGUAUAGACUGGGACGAUAUAAAUAUUCUGAAUAAUAAUCAAUCCUUGG